AGCAAAUGGGAUGACAAAUUGAUCGAACAGUUUCUGACAUUGUACCGAAAACAUAAAUGUCUCUGGAAUCCGUACUCUUAUGAUUAUAGGAACUGCGCUGUUAAGAAUGAAGCCUUUAAAACUGUUGUACAGGAGUUGAAUUUUCCUGGUAUCAGAGUGCCCGAAUGUUUGGAACAAAUUGAAGUCAUAAGGGAAAAGUAAAGUCAGGAUGACGCGGGUUUUACACAUGCGCUUAACAGGAUUACGUUAAUGUUUUUUAUUUUGCAUGCAUGACAGUUUUUCAACAUCUUGAAAUAACUAAAGUUAGGAAAUUUACUUGUUUAGAUACAAACGAGAACAGGCAAAGGCUGAAAAGAAACUAAAAUCUGGAAAACUAUACAAUUCGAAUGUACCAUGGUUUAAUCUUAUGUCUCAAAUGCUAUGCGAAGUGAUAAAUGAUGAGGAAACGUUCAGUAAAACUCCAGUCAAAUUCGCUCCUUGUGCUGGGACAAAGAGCAAGCGCACCAAACACACUCCAACAUUCAAUAAGCAUGGACAAUUUAUCUCACAAGAUAACUAUGAAAGAAAUGUUGAAAGCAUAUCCAAAAAGAAUGAUAACAAUGCCUCAGUUCUAUCUGAAGAAGAGCUAGAAGACUCAGGCUUCGAAGAACCAAAAGCACAACAACGAAAUGCUAAUUUCCAGAGUGAAUUGAAACUGGUCGACGAUGAAAAUGAUCAGCAUAACGUAUAUGUGUCCUGUGGUUGGGAAACAGAGAAAAGUCCGACCGAGAUGCACAGUAGAACAUAUGAACUUAAUAAUUGUAAAGAGAGCAGGACCAAAAUUCAACCUGAAACUGAAAGAACUGUUACAGUAAAUUCAUCAAAACUUGCUGAUGAAAAUUUCAUUGACGAGACAAAUUCUCCACCAUUUUACGGCAAGAAAGUUAAUUAUUCAAGUAGGAAACCUCAAAUACAGGAAACGGAUGUUAUUCAAUCUCAAAAAAACCUUGAAACAAAUGAAGAUCCUCCUAACCCGUCGCAAAACUACAGCGGAAAAUGCAUUUCUACUCGACAAAAAAAUUUUGAUAACACAAAAAAUACGACCUAUCAAGAUAAUAUCAAAGCAGUAAAAUUACCAGACGAUAUUUUAUCGAAAGAAAUUAAUUAUGUUCGUUGUCCUCAAAGUAAAAAAGAAUUUGGAAACAAUAUUGCAACGCAUCCAAGUAACGUUGGCCAUAAUACUCAAAGCUACUAUUUGGAACACAUCCAGCCCAAUUUUGAAAUAAAUCGAACUAGCCAUCAUAUCAAUGAACCUACACCAAGUAUGGUUCGCUACCGUGACGCAUUCAAUCAGCAGUCAAAGAGAGCACCAGAAUUUUUCGAUGACAUAAUUGGGAACGAUAACGUGUCUCCUACCAGGUACAAUGCAUGCGUUCAGGAAUUCGGCGGAGUUAGGCCUGCAGUAUUACCAAUCGCACCUGAAGAAGAUAAAUACGAAAUCUGCCCACGAUUCACAAUCAUUAUCCCAAAUUCGGAUGAGGAGGAUCAACAUCUAGAAAUUAUUGGAUACGAAGUUCGUGCCAUCAAUCGACAACUAUCGAAGUAUAUGUUGUGCCCACAUUCCGAGAGUGAAAAAAAAGCAAUGAGCACUGUUGAAUGCUUAUGUAAAACUGAUACACAUGCAGCAUGUAGAAAUGUAAAUAUAGAUUCGGCAAGACAUAGCAAUAUUAUUAAAUUGGACAUAAACCAUGGUCGUUCCAAGCACAAUCAUGCAAAGAAACGGUUUCGUAACUCAGGGACUGCCUUCGAAAGACAAUUCGAAGAUGACUCUGAGCAUCAAGAUACGACGAAAAUCGGAGUGCAGCAUAAACCGUCUACCAGCAAGGGUGCGCAGACUGACACAUCUUAUGAAAAUCAAAUAAUCCAGACGAUACCAGAUGUACAAACAGGGCAAUCGAAUCGUUCGAAAUCUGUUAAUAACAAAGACGUUUCCUUGAUGACUACAUCACUACACUAUAAAGAUGCACGCCUUCCAACUCCAUACAGAAAUGAGCCUCCGAUAGAUCAAAACUCAUAUGCAGUGAAUGAUGAUCAAGUAAGCGGAAAACCAUCGUGCUGUGCAGCACGCCCAGAUAUUAAGAAUAGCUCAUUGCCAGAAGAGAGUUUUAAUAAUACGAGGAUACUACUCAAUGUUAUUGUAAAAAUAUUGGAAGCCGAUAGCACACAGGAAGUACCAAUAAAUUUGCAAAGAACUUUGAAUACGAUGCUUGAUACCUUUCAACAAAUAACAACACUUCCACCAGCCGAAGUGGGAUACCCCAAGAGUAAUGUUAAUGAAUUAGAAGAUGCUAUGCAUUAUGAUAAUACGACGGACAGCACCCAGUAUAGAUUUCUUCCUUUAAACAAACCUUUUAAGAGUCAACAGGUGGAAAACAAAAAUUCACGAGAGUCACCUGCCAAGAUAGUGAAGCUUGAUGAUUCGACUGAAAAUUUAAGGCCACAGUCUCCUAUUGAAAGACCUGUUUGUCUCAGCGAUAUAUCGGAAGACGAAACAACUAUGUAUCUUCUUCCAGGAGAGGUCAAUAAUGCAGUAAAUAAAGAUACUAGUGGAAACGAACAAAACCCUGCAGUUGUAACUCAAAAAAACCAAUCAACCAAUGAAACAGAUACUAGAUUAACUCAAAUAAAUGAACCAUCAAAUGAAAAAAAUACUAGGAACGCUUUACAGAGUAGACUUCCAGAUCAUUCAAAUGUAUCGAACUCCAUAUCCGAUCCAAUUUUGGAUUAUACAAGUGAAUUUGGUGGAAAUGAAACCAUUCCGUCGUCAUCCCGGAACGUCAGCGAGAGUCUACCUGCAAGUCAACUAACAAAAGAUUUCUUAGAUGUUGUGAAAUAUACAAUAAUGAUGGAUCAAAUGCUACAACCUAAGGAAAAUGGAAACAACGAAUGCUGCAAACAACCAGAAAAAUCAACGGAUUCAGGACAUUUACGAAAAUGAUGACAUCUGAUGUAUAUCCAGUUAGCAUCACCAGCAUCUGUUGACUUCCGUUACACCAGAGAAUGAUGGGGUGACUGUUCAUUAAUUACCUACCAGCCAUACUUCGAACAGUGAAAUAUUUCAAAACUAAAGCAAGGAUUGAAAAAAUAAUUGAAACUGUUUUUCAUAAGCUGUCAAUAAAAUUUUAUAAACUAAGGAUGAAAUUUAAAAAUAAAUCCAACUAUAUACAUAUCAGUCAGUAAAUAAUGUUAUGUGUGAUCGGUAAGUUCAUUGCGUAGAAGUUUUUCAUAUUUCAAUAACAUAUAAACCAAUGAUACUGAGUUUUAUGAUUGUCUUUUUGAACUACCUUUCAAAAUUUUUAAUCGAGAUGGUAGGUUGGUCAACCCAAGAAUAAAAAAAUAAGUGAAACGGAGUUAGAUUAAUUCUUGUUGGCAAGAUGGUGUUGAGUAUUGUCACGGGUAUUGUGGUUCAAAGAAGUAAAUGAAAAUGUAAAAACAACUUGACAGAAUGUCAUUUUGACAUUUCUGGUAAUAAAUAC